GCCACGUCGUAAGGAAGUGUGAGCCAGGGAGCAGUUAAAAGGUGCCGGGACGAGCCGAUCCUGCGCAGUGAUCCAGCGGGGGAACGAAAGGUGAUCUGGAUACUGGCUUUUUAGUUCUUGCCUAACCUCUUGUGGGGCAGAAACUAUGUCAUGGAUCAAGGAAGGAGAACUGUCAUUUUUGGAGCGUUUCUUUGGCAACAUCAUCAAGGCAGGCCCGAUGCCCAAACACAUUGCAUUUAUAAUGGAUGGGAACCGUCGCUAUGCCAAGAAAUGCCAGGUGGAACGACAAGAGGGCCACUCACAAGGCUUCAACAAGCUGGCUGAGACUCUGCGCUGGUGUUUGAACCUGGGUAUCCUAGAGGUGACGGUCUACGCAUUCAGCAUUGAGAACUUCAAACGCUCCAAGAGUGAGGUAGACGGGCUAAUGGAUCUGGCCCGGCAGAAGUUCACCCGCUUGAUGGAAGAACAGGAGAAGCUAGAGAAGCAUGGGGUGUGUAUCCGGGUCCUGGGGGAUCUGCAUUUGUUGCCCUUGGAUCUCCAGGAGCUGAUCGCACGAGCUGUGCAGGCUACCAAGAACUACAACAAGUGUUUCCUGAAUGUCUGCUUUGCAUACACAUCUCGUCAUGAGAUCAGCAAUGCCGUGAGAGAGAUGGCCUGGGGAGUGGAGCAGGGCUUGCUGGACCCCAGUGAUGUCUCUGAGUCUCUGCUUGAUAAGUGCCUCUACACCAACCACUCUCCUCAUCCCGACAUCUUGAUACGAACUUCUGGGGAAGUGAGGCUCAGCGACUUCCUGCUCUGGCAGACCUCCCACUCCUGCCUAGUGUUCCAGCCUAUUUUGUGGCCAGAAUACACAUUUUGGAACCUGUGUGAGGCCAUUCUACAGUUCAAGAUGAACCAUAGCAUGCUUCAGCAGAACGCCCGAGACAUGUAUGCAGAGGAGCGGAAGAGGCAGCAGCUGGAGAGGGACCAGAUUGCAGUGACAGAGCAGCUGCUGGGAGAGGGGCUCCAGGCCAGUGGGGACACCCAGCUCCGACGGACGCGCUUGCACAAACUCUCAGCCAGACGGGAAGAGCGGGUCCAGGGCUUCCUGAAGGCUUUGGAACAGAAGCGGGCUGACUGGUUGGCACGUCUGGGCACUGCAUCAGCCUGAAUGAAGCUGGGCUCCUGCCAUCCGCCCUGCCCUCUGCCUCCAGGGCCCCACUCCCCUUUCUUUUCCUGGUGAAAGGCCCCUCCUUCUCGAUGAUGAAUGUGUUCCCUUGGCUUGGCAGGGGAGUCCCAGAGGCCAGAUCUGCUGGCAGUAGAUGCUUCUGCCUGUCUGGGACAGUGGCUCCUGGAGUGAGUCAAGGGUAAGAGUCUUCCACAAAUACACUAAGCCAGCUUUGGCCACCAGUAGGUUUGGAGAGCAGGGAGCCCCACAGUGCGGCCUGCUCCAUUGCCUCCAUAGCCUUUUCUCCUAGUUGCACUUCCUUUUCCCUCAGCAUCUCCUUUAGCACAAGGAAUGGCAGGUAGUUUCCAUUUUCCCCAAAUCUUAGGCCUUUUAAUCGUCCAUCUUGCUUUACCCACCGAUUUUCACAAAAGCUUUGGCUCUACCUUGGGUCUGCUUGGUAAAUCACUUAUAGGCAGUCCAGCAUUAUUUGGGCAAGGAGGGGAGGGAGAGACAGAAAGAAAAUUUGCCCAUCUGCUGCUCCUCCCCCUUGGCUCUCCACCUGGGAUUUGCUAUUGAAUCUCUCCCCCUGCCACCACGCAGUGCUGAUUGCUCACUGAAAAGCUCAGCGCCCCCAAUGGCUCGCGGAAGCCAGGCGGGUGAUUACAAUCCAAUUACCUAUUGUCGACUCAGCCCACACAAGCUUUUCUCCUCCUCUUGCAGGGCAUGGGGCCAGGCUUCACUCCCCAGUGAGACGGGCCCCCUCCAUGGCUACGGGGUAACAGAAGGGCCUGUGGGCCCUAGUGAAUCUAAUCCACUACAGGCCGCCUUCCCUGUAACACAUCAGGACCAAGAUCGCAGAAACAAGCAUUUCUUCCAACUGACUGUCUCCUAGCUCACCCUCUCAAACUCCACUUCUCAUCUCAAUCCUUGAGGCUUCUCCGCUCUUUUGACCUGACCUUUUGAGUAGCCCUGAGAUGAUUCUCAGCAUGGCAGUCCCUGCUUAUGAGGACCAGCACUGCCCAGCAGGAAGAGGGCAGAGGCAAAGGCUGUGUCCUUUCCCUUCCCUCGCCCUGUCAGACCUCUCUGCAGAGCUGCUGAGAGGAUUAGUGCCUUUGGAGAGCUCUGCCAGAGCAGAUCUGCUUCACCUACCCCAGACCAGCAACUAUCAGCCAGUUAUGCCAGCCAAACAGCAAACACUGUUUUCUCAGUACAUCCCUUUAAGGGAAAGGUGGGGUCUUGCUAGCAGUGCUGAGAGCACACCCUUUAAACUCCUCCCUCACUUCCUAUGAGCCAGUCUCUGCCCUCCUUCGAGGUAUCUGGAUACCUGGCACCAGAGACCCCUUGGCAUUAUUUCUGGAUCAAGCAUAAAUGUCAGGCACAGCGAUCGAGAAGCCAAUCAAUGCAGCCUUUGGCAAGCCCCCUCAGCACACCUGGCACUCCUGACUACCAAUCCCUGGCACGAGGUUCCCAGAUAGCAGGUGCUGUACAUUUUCCAGCUUUACAAUGGGGCUGCUGACAGCUUUAAUUAGGGAGGCAUGAAUUAUGUGGCUAUAAUGCAGAGCCUUACAAUUAAGGCGGGAAUGAGGGACUGGAGGCAGCAAAGGGAAUCUGCCCUGUGAGCAUUGCUGUUGAGGCCUGUCUCCAUUCUGUGCAGUUUUCCUCAGUACGAUUGGGACAGCAUUGGUGAUUAAUGGGGCUGGCAUCUCGUUUUGGCCCGGAGGCCUAUAUUCUGGGAAAGGUACAGUGGGGUGGGUCAAGAUAGCCCAGGAGGCAUCUUAGGGUGCUGAAAGAAGAGGUUGAGGAACCGUUGCCACCUACAAGCCAGGAGUGAAAAAUUAUUUGAACUGGACUGUGGUUGCGUUCAGCUGCUCUGAUUGGUACCAUCCAGCUUCAACCCUUGCUUCAAGAAGCUUAAGUGGGUCCUGUUUGAAUGCCCUCCCACCUGGAAGCCGAGCCUCGGCGUGAAGAUAUUUUUUGUGUUCUUGUGUUCUCCUGGGUGUCAAAUAGAAAUUCAAAAACUCCGA